GUUUCACCCACCGACGACUUAGAAAAUUGCUGAUACAAGUCUUACCAAGUUCGAUAAUAUGUCCAAUGGAAUUGUAAAUGCAGGUCUAGAGACUCAGUUUGCCUCUCUUGGGAUCAACGGCUCAAAGUCUGCUUAUGUUCCCCCCCACUUGAGAAAUGCGCAGCGCGCUGCCUCCACUCCUCCCACCAACGGGACCGGCUGGAACGACCCCCGCGCAUCACCCCGCAGUGCCUAUGAACCACUGCGCGGCAGUGGCCAAAGCGAUAGAAGCAGAGGCAGCGCCUUUGGUAAUGGCCCUUUCGCCUCACCACGCGGUCGCGGCGACUGGGGCGGACGCUCGACGAGCAGCGGUUGGACAACCAGAGAAAAUAGAGAAAACCGUGGCGGAGAUAGCCAACACGAGUCUCCGGGCUACGGCAUCUGGCGCAACGGGGCCCACAUAGUCGGCCCUCGCAACAUGCGCAUGGAGAAAGAACUUUUCGGUGACCCAAAUGACCCUUCCAAACAGCACACCGGAAUAAACUUUGAAAAAUAUGACGAUAUCCCCGUCGAGGCUACGGGCGCAGGUGUUCCUGACCCCGUCACCACGUUCACUAAUCCCCCUUUGGAUCCCCUCCUCCUCGAAAACAUCAGUUCCGCUCGUUACACCACCCCCACACCCGUCCAAAAGUACUCCAUUCCCAUCGUCGCUGCAGACAGGGACUUAAUGGCAUGCGCUCAGACUGGUUCAGGGAAAACAGCCGGUUUCCUUUUCCCUAUUCUUUCCGCAUCCUUCGCUUCUGGACCCCGUCCACCUCCAGCGGAGACCCCUCAAAUGGGGUACGCUCGUACACGUAAAGCUUAUCCCACAGCUCUUAUCUUGGCUCCAACGCGUGAGCUCGUCAGUCAAAUUCAUGAGGAAGCACGUAAGUUUGCCUACCGCUCCUGGCUUCGCCCUGCCGUCGUGUACGGUGGCGCGGACAUCAACCAGCAGCUCCGUCAAAUCGAGCGUGGGUGUGAUUUGCUCAGUGCGACGCCCGGGCGUCUCGUAGACCUCAUCGAGCGGGGGCGCAUUAGCCUUAACAACAUCCGCUACCUCGUCCUUGAUGAAGCCGAUCGUAUGCUUGAUAUGGGUUUCGAACCUCAGAUCAGGCGUAUUGUGCAGGGAGAAGACAUGCCUGGUGUCCAUGACCGCCAGACCCUCAUGUUUAGUGCCACGUUCCCUCGCGACAUCCAGCUGCUCGCAAGGGACUUCCUCAAGGAUUACAUCUUCCUCUCCGUCGGUCGCGUUGGCUCUACAUCUGAAAACAUCACGCAGAAGGUUGAGUAUGUCGAGGAUCAUGACAAGCGCUCCGUCUUACUCGACAUCUUGGCCUCGGAACCUCCGGGUGGUCUUACUCUCAUUUUCGUCGAGACCAAGCGCAUGGCUGACAUGCUGUCCGACUUCUUGAUGAGCAACCACCUUCCUGCGACAUCCAUUCAUGGUGAUCGCUCUCAGCGUGAACGUGAGAUGGCGUUGCAGACUUUCCGUACUGGCCGCACUCCCAUCCUCGUUGCUACUGCCGUGGCUGCUCGUGGACUCGACAUUCCUAACGUCACACACGUUGUCAAUUAUGACCUCCCUUCUGACAUCGAUGACUACGUACACCGCAUUGGUCGUACCGGUCGUGCGGGUAACACGGGUGUUUCCACUGCGUUCUUCAACCGCGGCAACAAAAACAUCGGCAGGGACCUCAUCGAACUCCUUCGUGAGGCCAACCAAGAGAUUCCUGCGUG